AUGCCUAUUAAUGAGGUCCCCCCUGGGAUCGAUGUCGUCAUUAAGUGUCUUGGGCGUCUUGACUUUCCCGUCCCGAGGCACAUGGUAAACUCUACGAACGCGCUAAAACCAAUUUUCCGUGUCGAUCAGUCCAAUACACGAAUGUUGAGCGUAGACCUGGUGAUUGCGCAUCUUGUCCAGCACAUUCAGAACCAUAAAGUGACUAAGAUUCUUCGAGAGGUCGCAGCUCACCAGGCACAUCCAGGCUCCAAUUCCAGGUCGAAGAUGCCGUCUACACCGUCACACCGUCUGAUAGACAAAUUCUGCUUUCGGGCGAAGUAG